CGCGCCGUAAGCGCCGACGGCGAUGACUUGUCUCUCCUUGUCUGCUUUAUUUCCCUCUUCCUUCCGCACGCCCGACGACCCCCACGAGCGCCGUUCCAAUCCCCCGGUCGCGAGAUUCGGCGAUCCGUGGUGCGGGCGUCGGGGGCAGGUGGUCGUGAGGGCGAGGAGGGAUGAGGCUGGCGCCGAGGGAGGCAGAGAAGCUCGCCCUGCAAAAUGCCGGGUUCCUCGCGCAGAAGCGCCUCGCCCGGGGCCUCCGCCUCAACUACACCGAGGCCGUCGCACUCAUCGCAUCGCAGAUUCUUGAGUUUGUCCGGGAUGGAGAUAAAACUGUAACAGACCUGAUGGACUUGGGGAAACAGAUGUUGGGCAGGAGACAAGUUCUUCCAGCUGUUCCAUACCUUUUACAUACUGUACAGGUCGAAGGAACAUUUGUGGAUGGAACAAAACUAAUCACUGUACAUGACCCUAUUUCUUUGGAUGAUGGAAAUUUGGAGCUAGCACUGCAUGGUUCUUUUCUCCCAGUGCCUUCACCUGAAAAGUUCUCCGGGGGUGAUGUUGAAGACUAUCCUGGUGAAGUACAUUACAGUUCUGGUCGCAUAGUUCUAAACCUUCAUCGCAGGGCUUUAACUUUGAAGGUUGUUAAUAAGGCAGACAGACCUGUUCAGAUUGGAAGCCAUUAUCACUUUAUAGAGGCCAAUCCUUACCUAGUUUUUGAUAGAAAAAGGGCCUAUGGCAUGAGGUUGAACAUACUUGCUGGAACAGCUGUUCGAUUUGAGGUGAUGUUAUUUUACCCACGCUUAUGAAGGGAAUAAGUCUCUGUACUUGUGGUCUUUGUGGGGCUGUACUUGUAGUCCUGUGUGGGGCUGCAGCAUCUCAUUUUCUGCAGCACGCACUAGCACCAUUGUUGCCCUAGAGGACAGCAUCUUGGACUGCUUUAGCAUCUAGAUAGGACAGCAGUUAGUCCUUUCAUUUGGCAUCUUACACUAGGAGUAGAAUAUGCCUCAGUGUUGGCUGCCCUGCAGCUGUGUAUAAAUGUGUUGCCUCCCCUCCCGUUGGAUGGCAUGGCAUUGUGAGUGUGAAUGAAGAAAAACCAGAAAACUUCCCCA